GAUAUAUAUGCAUAAACUCUGAUGCCAUUUAGAGCCACAGAGAAGAGACAAGAUUAUGGACAGCCCCGUUGCUAAGAAUUACCAACACAUCCUGGCUAUGGCAUUUGCUAUAAAGGAAAUAAAUGAAAACCCUCAAAUCUUACCAAAUCUCACCUUGGGCUUCCACAUUUAUGACAGCUAUGACAAUGCUCAAAGGACUUAUCAGGCUACGAUGCUGUUUCUCUCAUCAGUGGAGAGACUGAUUCCCAACUACAGCUGCAACAUCCAUAAUAAUUUAGUCUCUGUUGUUGGAGGAUUGGAUGCUGAAAUCUCUCUUCACAUCUCCACCAUCUUGGAUAUCUAUAAAAUUCCACAGGUAUUUUCUUCUUCUUGUGCCAUAUCUGUUAUUGGAUGUCGGCGAUCCUGUUGGCGAUCCUAUUUUUUUAUUAUGUGCAUGAAAGUUAACAUACAUGAAUCCUGUAACCUUUCAGUUAGAUAGUUUUGAUUGGUACAGAACAAAAUAUUGCUGAAUAAUUUCUUAACAUCCCUUUCAAGGCAGGG